AUGUCUCUCUGUACUGCCGCUUUUCGUGUUCAUGUCUAUUUAUCCUAUCAGUUACUGUCUCGAUCGAUCGAUCUAUCUAUCUAUCUAUCUAUCUAUCUAUCUAUCUCCUCUCUCUAUAUAUAUAGUUUUAUUUCAGUCUAUGUUCACAUUUUCUAUUCUGUUUGUUUAUUUAUCCUUUAUUCUUUCCUAAAUAUCUUUCUAUCUGUUUGUCUAUCCUAUCUUUCACUAUCUCUCACACCUUCUAUCUCUCUCCCCCACUCUCUCUCUCUCUCUCUCUCUCUCUAUGUUCAAGGCUUUUUAUCUUGUUUAUGCUUCUCUCUAUCCUAUCUCUCCAGCUAUCUAUUUAUCAAUCUAUCGAAUCUUUCUAUCAUGUUUAUUGAUCUUUCUCUCAUAUCUAUUUAUCUCUCUCUCUCUAUCUUUCUUUCUGUCUAUCCACCCCCUCUCUUUAUGCGCCUGUUAAAGAAAGAAAGUUGCCAUUCCUUUGUUAAAUGCAUGCGCCAUAGCACGCAUGCGCUUAGCAAAAUCUCACUUUCAGCUGGGAUUUUCUUCUCGUGA